CAUGAUGAGUCCCAUCCUAUAAUCCUAUACAUGCAAACCCAUUAAUCAAUGCAUCCGCGCAUAGUCAUGCAUAUCCGCUUCUAAGUAUAACGGAAGUAAAAUAUAAAUAUAGAUACGUACUUUCAUAUGCAUAAACUGUACUUGAAUCGUUUAAUUGCAGGAUGCGGACAAGUGGUAUUUCGUGAUUUUAUCCUUGCAACGUGAAUGAAUCAUUUGUAAUUUGACCCUCAAGUUGAGAAUUGUAUACAGACAUAUGUAAAUCAUGUUACUUGAAAUACCACAGAAAGUUGGAUUAUGAAACGAAUUUGUGAAAUGAAUACGUAACAGUCUUUGUUCUCUAUCAGUAAUCACUAAAACAAGAAUAACUAUAAGGCAAAGGAUAGGCAGUGUUUAUAUAUAUCCAUAUCUUUUGUAUAAAUGCAAGGUGAACAAAAUAACUAAGUGCAAACAGGACUUUAACUCUUUUUAUAUAUACGAACAAAGUACAUACUACAGUGCAGCAAUGGCGGACAUGAUGAGUGAAAAGGUGAUGAUUUCAUUUAAACUGGUGGACUUUAAUAAAGAUGGUGUCGUCAAUGUUAAAGACAGAGAUGAUUGUAUUCAGUCAUUUCUCAGCGUCUUUCAACCAGGAGAUGACCGGAAACAAAAGAUGAUGAAUCAGUUGAAUGAAUUCUGGGAUAAAAUUGUCUUCCUAACAGAAAAUCCGGAUUGGAGUAAAUCUUUAAAUCCUGAUGAGUUCUUAGCAACACGUAAAGAUGCACUUACUAAAGAUUCUACAAAAACCAUCGCCGUAGUCCGAGAAGCUUUGAAACAACUAAUGAACGCCGGGGACAUCGGAGAGGUUGGGUCUUUCUCUUUUGAGGAAUUCAAAAAGGCACAUGAAGCCUUCAAUCUCAAAGAAGAGAAUUUUGUAAAGGGUAUAUUUAGUAUGGUUGGUCCUGAUGAUAGUGGAAGAUGUACCUCGGACAAUAUUGCAGAUUUCUACACAGAAUUAUCGAUGGGCAGUGACGAAGGGAAGCACCAGCAGUCCAAAACGGCCCUUGCAUCAGUAGGGUUCAUGUAAAAUCUUCAGCCGCUAAGUUUGUUUUAAUUGUGUUGCGUGCAAUAAACAUUUAGAACAUAUGAAGUUGUCAACUUUUGACUAAGCAAGCUGUAGUUAAGUGCUUUCAUAUAAAACAGUUGAAACAAGAAACCAGUAUGGCUGCGUUCUGUAUUUUGUGUGUUAAGGUUUUUGUUGUAUAAUAUUUAUGGAGAAGAUAGACAUAUUAAUAAUAUAGUGUUUCUUGACCAUUAACCUAGAUUAGAGAAAAAUAUUAUACGUGUAUUAUAUGUA